GCGGGGUCCCAAUUAAAUACAGACUGACCCAAAAGUGUUGAUAAUACCUGAGAGGUUUCGAACCUGAGACUUUAAGAGGGAACAAACCCUUAAGUCUCAGGCCUUCAUCACUUGUCGAACCCCUUGGGGUUAGCAGCUAGAUUUGUUGCUAAGUUAGAGCCCCCUUCUUUCCUCCCAGGUGAUUACAUCCCAAUCUUUCUUUGACUUUUGUUAAUACACUUGAUAUAAUAUCAUUAAUCUCUUACUUAAGCAUGGAAUAUUUGUCUUUAAUGGACAAGUGGCUUUAUAAUUGCAUGUUUUAUAUGCUCUAAAGUGCUAAUAGACCAUGAAUUUCCUUGUUAAUUAAUAACCCACUGAAUCCUCUUUGAUUGGCAAAAAGUUUCAAGUGUAUCUACUACAAUAUUAUAUGUUAGCUUUGAAACAAUAUUGCAUGAGAGAUAGCUUCCUAUUCUGACUUUUCUUAUUUUAUAAUUUAGUUUUUUGAAUUGAUCCUGUACUGGUCCUGUUCAUUAUUUUAAUACUAUCCCAUGUUUAGAGGUACAAUGCAUUGUCAAAAAACCAAUUGGGUUUUACUAUAAAAGGAAGAGAAGCAAAACAAAGCUCGGUACAUUAGUCCUAGACUAGAAAAGGAGAGAGAGAAAAGAAAAAAAAAAACUUUUUGUUUCUCAUUUUCAGAGAUAUGGAGAAAGAUAUGUCUAGUAAUCUUGUUUCUCCAACAUGGGAUGGAGAUAAUGAAUACUCUUCAAAAUCCUGUGCUGAUAAGAAGUUGAGAUUAUUUGGGUUCGAGCUGGACCCAAAUAAGAAUAAUCAUGCCGUCCUGAGGAGCUCUGUGGAAGGAGAUGAAAGUGUAAAUUCAUCGACCACGGUUUCCUCAAGACGGGAGAAACUUUCGCCCAAGGAGAAAUCCUCGGUUUGUGAACCGGGGGAGAAGAAGUUCGAGUGUCAGUAUUGUUUUAAGGAGUUUGCCAACUCACAAGCAUUGGGUGGUCAUCAAAACGCCCAUAAGAAGGAAAGGAUGAAGAAGAAGAGGCUGCAGCUUCAAGCUAGAAGGGCUAGUAUAAACUAUUAUCUUCAGCCUAAUUUCCAAAACAGCCAUACUUUUAGUUUCCAUGGCUCUUCCCCAUUUUUUUACGAUCCUUCUUGUUAUGCUCCUGAUUUUAGUCCCCACGAAUCCCAAAUUAGCUUCGGUCGGGCCGAUCAUGAUCAUGCUCAUCUAAAUGGAUCCCAUUUAUCGGAUUUAUAUUCUCCACCUUCCGAAAGUCCAUUCCAGCAGGAUACAAGUACCUUCACCUUGACACGUGCUGACCGAUCAAUGGAAAACCGGCAUGUCAUCUUCAAGCCUUCACCCUUACCUAGUUCAAAUCAAAGUUGUAAGACUUUGGAUCUUCAUCUAGGGUUGAGCUUGCUUUCGAAUAGUAACUGAAGCCCAUUCGGAAGUGGGGUAUGACAUCCUCCUGUAUAGCUGGAUGGUGCGUUAUCUUCUUCAGUCGAUCAUUGGUGGUUCAAAUGCCUGUGUUUAGAUCAUAGAGCCGUUGAGGGAUUUAUAUACCCUAGUGAAAGGAACUGACAAGGGAAACCGAUGAAUUAAUUUAGCUUCUUCGCUUCAUUAUUUUUUCGUUUAUCUUUUCUUGUCUCUCCAUUUAUCCUUCCACAAUACGCGGUCAUGAUUUCCAUACUAUGAGAAAUCAUUCUCAGAGUUUGUUAUAUUGCCUCUAAAUCACUGAAGUCUUUGAUAACCUUUA